AUGCGACGCAAACUGAAACAAAAACGACGCAACUUCGAAAUCUCAGAGAUUUUUAAAAAGACUCAACUUCGAAGCAGACGCAGAACGAGGCGACGCAAACCGAUAUUGAUAUUAAACAUUCGAGCUGUUAACUUAUCAUGUAGAGAUUGGCUAUUAAAGAUGGGCAAUGGGACGCUAAGCACAGAGUUUGGAAAAGAUGAAAUUUAUAUACCAAAUGAUACGCCGACGCAAGAUUCCAUCUUCGAAAAUAUUUUGCCACACUUAAACUGGGAAACACUUAUUCCUAACAACUGGAGCGGUCCUAUAGUCGUUAGAAGUUCUGAUUACCUGAAAGCUGUUGAAGAACUGUUAACAAAAUAUCCAACACGUGUUGCACAUAACUCCAUGCUGGUGUUGUUCGCACUUGGAAUUCUACCUCAAGGUCCCCCUAAUCCCUUAGUAUGUACACGAGCUACUAUGUGGGCUCUACCUGAUAUAACAUCUGCAUUAUUUAUAGCUCAACAUUCAUCGGAUGAUAUUAGAGACGUUAUAAGACGUACUGAGGUUAUAUUUAAAUCUCUAAAAGCACAUCUUAAACGUGCCCCAUCUCUUAAAGGUGCAGCUCUUGUAAAACUAUCUGCUUUGAAAAUACAAUCAGAGCCUUGGAAUGGAUUUUCAAAUAUUACAGCAAUGAUAAAAGUUUUAGAAUCGAUGGAAAUCACCUCUGACAAUUGGUUUGAAAAUAUUUUGAAGAUCUACCAACGAAAUAAAGCGGUGCCUGAUAUUAUUGAUAUGAACAUGGAUUCUCAUGAUGCGUGGGCGUAUCCUAUUGUAGCAAAAAUUUUCUAUGAUACACUAAGUCAUUCCAUAGUUGUACCGCUAUCGGUGAUCCUUGUUCCGUACUUUGAUGGAAGACUUCCGCCGUAUUUGCAAUAUGCUUCAGUUGGAGUUGCAAUAGCUAAGGAGAUACUAAGGUCAAUAACAAAAGCAUUUGAAGAUAAGGCGAUGCGAUGCGUCCCAAAAUCUGUUAAUAUAUUUUCCAACUAUAGCCGUAUGGAUAUAUUGAUACACUCUGGGGGAAUGCAAAUAUCAUAUCACUCAAUGCUAUCAUUAACAGGCCCAAUAAAAGGAAUGGCUAGACUUCCAGGACUAAAUUUAACACCAACACAAAUAUUCUUUCUUGUUUCUGCACAAGAGCUGUGCGCGGAAUCUGACUACACGGGCAUUGAUACGGAUGCGCCUGAAUUUGAACACAUUUUGGGAUGGUUGGUAGCGCAAGGCGGAAGUGCCACAGAGGUAUUCAAAUGCCCUUCGGGGUCGAUGAUAAAUGCUCAAAAAACUUGUAAUGUAUUGUAAAUAUGUAUUGAUACUAUAGUAAAACGUAGUUCCGUUUUAAUUAUAUGAAUAAGUGUUGUUAAACAUCAUACAUUGUACUUCAAAAUGAAC